GGAUCGGGAUCGGGACCGGGACCGGGGAGAGCAGCACCGGGCGGGACAUGGCGGAGCCGCCGCGGCCCUUCCGCCUGCGCGGGGCGGGCGGCCCGCAGAAGUUCGGGGUGGCGGCCGGGAGCCUGCGCGGGCUGCUGAGGAAGGGCUGCCGCCUGCUGCAGCUUCCCUUGGCAGGCAGCCGCCUGUGCCUGUACGAGGACGGCACGGAGCUGACCGAGAGCUACUUCCGCGUGCUGCCGCCGCAGACCGAGCUGCUGCUGCUGGGCCCCGGGCAGAGCUGGCGGGGAUGUGCCAGCGACAUCGAGCGGCUCCUGGCCGCGCUCUGCAGCCAGCGGGAUGCUCUGGUGGAGGCUGCGAGGAAGCUGCUGACGGAUGAGCGGGCUCCCCGCAGGCAGAAGCUGCUGGCGGAUCUCAUCCACAACCUGAGCGAAAACAUCCUGGCCGAGGACAAGGAGGACGACAAGAAGUGGUUUGAAGGGCUGGAGUCUCGGUUCAAGAACAAAUCCAGCUACAUGCGGCACAGCUGCGAGAGCAGAAUGCGGGGCUACAUGAGAGAGGUUAGUGGUUUUAUUUCAAACGUUCAUCCUGCAGCAAGAGACGCCUACAGAGGGGUAAUGGACCUGAUGGCAGAUAAACUGAAAUCUGUGAAGUAUAACGGGUGCUACUUCGACAGAAGGGAGGAGGAGGAGGCAGCACGUCUGUGUACUGUGGAGGGGUGGUUCUCCUGUCAGGUAUGUGCAGCCCUUCCCAAAGCAGACUCAUGGAAUCAUGGAAUGGUUUGGGUUAGAAGGGACCUUAAAAUUCAUCUCAUUCCACCCCUGGCCAUGGGUGACAAGUGUGACACCUUUCACUGCAGCCCUCUGGUUUCACAGGGACCUUUUGACAGAGACGACUGCCCGUGUAAGCAUUCCAUCAACCCCUACAGCAACAGGGAAAGCAGGAUCCUCUUCAGCACCUGGAAUCUGGAUCACAUAAUUGAGAAGAAACGUGCUGUUGUCCCAGAACUGGCAGAAGCUGUCAAAACACGCGACGGAAGAGAAGUGAACUGGGAAUAUUUCUAUCAGCUGCUGUUUACCCUGGAUAAUUUAAAACUCGUACAUAUUGCUUGCCAUAAGAAAACCACUCAUAACCUCAGCUGUGACAAAACCAAAAUUUACAGAAAGAGGAAGCAAAACCACGAGAUUUCCUAGUGCUGUCUCUGGAAGGGACCUGCUGCUUUUUCUAAUCGUGCCAGUGCUGUUGUUUUUAAAUAGCUCCAGUUUCUUAAACAAGAACUGUUUAAGAGUCCCUGGCACGGGACUGGCUGAGUAACACAACCACAGCUCACAGAGCACACACUGAUGCUCCCUCGCCUUCCCACUCCCUUUGAGCCUCCCUCAGCUCACACUGCGCCAAGGGUGUUAAAACCCAGCUGUGAGGGUACAAAAUAAGGCUGACACUGUUUCCACCCUACCACCUCUUUCCUGCCAUGACCACGGCACAAAACUUGCAGUGCACAGAAAGGAAACCUGCACAGAACAUUUCUCACAAACUAACCUGUGGGGGCUCGUAGACUCCUAUUCCUCUGUAAGCCAAACAAAGAAUGAUUUAGGAUCAUUGUUUUGCUCCAUGCCUUUUGCAGGUAGCAGCUGGUUAUUCCAGAAAUAGGAAAAGUGAUUCAGCAGCCGAGCUGCCACCUCACCCCUGCCAACCUCCUGCCCUCAUCCCUGACCGCUCCUUUGCUGUCACUUCAGACGUGCCUCUCCCAGAAGGAAGAGCAAGGCCAUGGCAUAGCUUUGCUUUUCCCACCUUUGUUUGCCAUCUCCCCACUGAUUCCCUCUUCUUUUGAACAUUUUCUGCCUUUUCAGCUUAAGUUUGCUUGAAUUCAGGACCACCAGCAACAACAUCUAUAACAAUCAAGUUUACAAUAAUCAUGUUUACCUGGUGCUGUAGAGAAUACUGAUGGGGUAAAAUACUUCCUACCUCAGACAAUAAAACACAAAUAGAUGGAUUUUUACUUGAUUUUCUUUUUUAAUACCAGCUGAUAGCGAGUGAACUUUUAGGGACUGUCACUGUAAUCAGUGUGAUUUUUUUAAAUAAAAAAAGUGACCCCUUA